AGUCCUGCCGCCCAGCCCGCCGCGAUGCGCUCCGGCCCGCGGAGCCCGCCUCCAGCCCCCGCCCUGGCCCUGGUUCUGACCCUGGCUCUGCUGGCCCGACGGGCAUCUGCAGCCUCCUUCUUCGGUGAGAACCACCUGGAGGUGCCCGUGGCCACUUCCCUGACCAACAUAGACCUACAGUUGCAAUUCUCCACGUCUCAGCCUGAAGCCCUUCUUCUCCUGGCAGCAGGCCAGGCUGACCACCUCCUGCUGCAACUCUACUCCGGACGCCUACAGGUCAGACUCGUCCUGGGCCACGAGGAGCUGAGGCUGCAGACACCGGGGGAGAUGCUGCUCAGCGACUCAGCCCCCCACACUGUGGUGCUCACCAUUUCAGACAGCUGGGCCCUGCUCUCUGUCGAUGGGCUUCUGAACACCUCCGCCCCAGUCCAGGGAGCCCCCCUGGAGGUCCCCUAUGGGCUCUUUGUGGGGGGCUGUGGGAGCCUCAGCCUGCCUUACCUGAGAGGAACCAGCCGACCCCUGAGGGGCUGCCUCCAUGCAGCCACCCUCAAUGGCCGUAGCCUCCUCAGGCCACUGACCCCUGAUGUUCCUGACGGCUGUGCUGAGGAGUUCUCUGCUGGCAAUGAUGUGGCCCUGGGCUUCUCUGGGCCCCACUCACUGGCUGCCUUCCCUGCCUGGAGCACUCAGGACGAAGGCACGCUGGAGUUUACGCUCACCACCCAGAGCCAGCAGGCACCCUUGGCCUUCCAGGCAGGGGGCCGGCAGGGGGACUUCAUCUAUGUAGACAUAUUCGAGGGCCACCUGCGGGCUGUGGUUGAGAAGGGCCAGGGCACCGUGCUGCUUCACAACAGCGUGCCUGUGGCCGACGGACAGCCCCAUGAGGUCAGCAUCCACAUGGAUGCUCACCGGCUGGAAAUCUCUGUGGACCAGUACCCCACACGUACGUCCAACCGUGGGGUUCUCAGCUACCUGGAGCCACGUGGCAGUCUCCUCCUGGGGGGACUGGACACAGAGGCCUCCCGUCACCUCCAGGAACACCGCCUGAGCCUGGCCCCGGGGGCUGCCAACGCCUCCCUGCUGGGCUGCAUGGAGGACCUCAGCGUCAAUGGCCAGAGGCAGGGGCUGCGGGAAGCCCUGCUCACUCGCGGCAUGACGGCCGGCUGCAGGCUGGAGGGAGACGAGUACGAGGAGGACGGCUACGGCCCCUACGAGGCUUUCUCCACCGUGGCACCUGAGGCUUGGCCAGCCAUGGAGCUGCCUGAGCCAUGCAUCCCCGAACCCGGACUGCCUCCUGUCUUUGCCAACUUUACCCAACUGCUGACCAUCAGCCCACUUGUGGUGGCCGAGGGUGGCACGGCCUGGCUUGAGUGGCGGCACGUGCAGCCCACACUGGACCUGACUGAAGCUGAGCUCCGUAAAUCCCAGGUGCUGUUCAGUGUGAGCCGGGGGGCACGCCAUGGCGAGCUGGAGCUGGACAUCCCUGGUGCCCAGGCCCGGAAGAUGUUCACUCUGCUGGACGUGGUGAACCGCAAGGCCCGCUUCGUCCACGACGGCUCUGAGGACACCUCCGACCAGCUGGUGCUGGAGGUGUCAGUGACAGCUCGGGCACCUGUGCCCUCUUGCUUACGGAGGGGUCAAACUUACCUCCUGCCCAUCCAGAUCAACCCUGUCAAUGACCCACCCCGAAUCAUCUUCCCGCACGGGAAUCUCAUGGUGAUCCUGGAACACACACAGAAGCCUCUGGGGCCCGAGAUUUUCCAGGCUUAUGACCCCGACUCUGCCUGCGAGGGCCUCACCUUCCAGCUCCUAGGUGCUUCCACCCGCCUCCCUGUGGAGCACCGAGACCAGCCUGGGGAGCCGGCCACGGAGUUCUCCUGCCCGGAGCUAGAGGCCGGUAGCAUCGUGUACGUCCACCGCGAUGGCCCCGCACAGGACCUGACGUUCCGUGUCAGUGAUGGGCUGCAGGCUAGCCCCCCAGCCACACUGAAGGUAGUGGCUGUCCGGCCAGCCAUCCGGAUCCGUCACAGCACGGGGCUGCGCCUGGCCCAGGGCUCUGCCACCCCCAUCUUGCCCGCCAACCUCUCGGUGGAGACGAACGCUGUGGGGCAGGAUGUGAGUGUGCUGUUCCGAGUCACGGGCACCCUGCAAUUCGGGGAGCUGCAGAAGCAGGGGGCAGGGGGGGCGGAGGGCGCAGAGUGGUGGGCCACGCAGGCGUUCCACCAGCGCGACGUGGAGCAGGGCCGGGUGAGGUACCUGAGCACCGAUCCCCAGCACCACUCUGAGGACACCGUGGAGAACCUGGCCCUGGAGGUGCAGGUGGGCCAGGAGACUCUGAGCAAUCUGACCUUCCCAGUGAGCAUCCAGAGAGCCACGGUGUGGAUGGUGCGGCUAGAGCCGCUGCACACCCAGAACACCCAGCAGGAGGUCCUCACCACAGCCCACCUGGAGGCUGCCGUGGAGGAGGCAGGCCCGGGGCCCCGGUCCUUCCACUACGAGGUGACUCAGGCCCCCAGGAAAGGCAACCUUCAGCUACAGGGCAGGAGGCUGGCAGAUGGCGAGAGUUUCAGCCAGGAUGACCUGCAGGCUGGGCGGGUGACCUAUGGGGCCACAGCACGGGCCUCAGAGGCAGUCGAGGACUCCUUCCGCUUCCGCGUCACGACCCCUCCACACUUCUCCCCGCUCUAUACUUUCCCUAUCCACAUUGGUGGUGACCCAGAUGCUCCGGUGCUCACCAACGUCCUCCUCUCAGUGCCCGAGGGUGGUGAGGGUGUCCUGUCUGCUGACCACCUCUUUGUCAAGAGUCUCAACAGUGCCAGCUACCUCUAUGAGGUCAUGGAGCGACCCCGCCACGGAAGGUUGGCUUGGCGGGAGCCACAGGAACAGGCCACCAUGGUAACAUCCUUCACCAACGAAGACCUGCUGCGUGGCCGGCUGGUCUACCAGCAUGAUGACUCCGAGACCACAGAAGAUGAUAUCCCAUUUGUGGCCACCCGCCAGGGCGAGGGCAGCGGUGACAUGGCCUGGGAGGAGGUUCGGGGUGUCUUCCGAGUGGCCAUCCAGCCUGUGAAUGACCACGCCCCUGUGCAAACCAUCAGCCGUGUCUUUCACGUGGCCCGAGGUGGACAGCGGCUUUUGACGACGGACGACGUGGCCUUCAGCGACGCCGACUCGGGCUUCACUGAUGCUCAGCUGGUGCUGACCCGCAAGGACCUCCUCUUUGGCAGCAUCGUGGCUGUGGAUGAGCCAAGCCGGCCCAUUUACCGCUUCACACAGGAGGACCUCAGGAAGAGGCAGGUCCUGUUUGUGCACUCAGGGGCUGACCACGGCUGGCUGCAGCUGCAGGUGUCCGAUGGGCAGCACCAGGCCACCGCAAUGCUCGAGGUGCAGGCCUCCGCACCCUACCUCCGUGUGGCCAAUGGCUCCAGCCUCGUGGUCCCUCAAGGAGGCCAGGGCACCAUCGAUACCGCAGUGCUCCAUCUAGACACCAACCUGGACAUCCGCAGUGGGGAUGAGGUCCAUUAUCACGUCACAGCUGGCCCUCGCUGGGGGCAGCUGCUCCGGGCUGGCCAGCCAACCACCAGCUUCUCCCAUCAGGAUUUGCUGGAUGGGGCCAUUCUCUACAGCCACAAUGGCAGCCUCAGCCCCCGUGACACCCUAUCACUCUCUGUGGAAGCAGGGCCAGUGCACACAGAUGCCACCCUACAGGUGACCAUUGCUCUGGAGGGCCCAGUGGCCCCACUGCAACUGGUUCAGCACAAAAAGAUCUACGUCUUCCAGGGGGAAGCAGCUGAGAUCAGAAGGGACCAACUGGAGGCAGCCCAGGAGGCAGUACCGCCAGCAGACAUCGUGUUCUCAGUGAAGAGCCCCCCAAGUGCCGGCUACCUGGUGAUGGUGUCACAUGGUGCCUCAGUGGAUGAGCCGCCCAGGUUGGACCCCGUGCACAGCUUCCCUCAGGAGGCCGUGGAUGCGGGCCGCGUCCUGUACCUACACUCCCGCCCUGAGGCCUGGCGUGAUACCUUCUCCCUGGACGUGACCUCUGGCCUGGGUGCUCCCCUCGAGGGCAUCCUUAUGGAGCUGGAGGUGCUGCCCACUGCCAUCCCCCUGGAGGCGCAGAACUUCAGUGUCCCCGAGGGUGGUACCCGCACCCUGGCCCCUCCGCUGCUCCGUGUCACUGGGCCUUACUUCCCCACGCUGCCAAGCCUCAACCUGCAGGUGCUGGAGCCGCCCCAGCACGGGGCCCUGCAGAGGGAGGAGCAAGCUCAAGAUGGGACCCUCAGCACCUUCUCCUGGAAAGAGGUGGAGGAGCAGCUGAUCCGCUAUGUGCACGACGGGAGUGAGACGCUGACAGACAGCUUUGUCCUGGUGGCAAAUGCUUCUGAGGUGGACCGCCAGAGUCAUCCCGUGACCUUCGCCAUCACCAUCCUGCCAGUUAAUGACCAGCCCCCUGUCCUCAUCACAAACACAGGCCUGCAGAUGUGGGAGGGGGCCACUGUGCCCAUACCUACUGAGGCCCUUCGGAGCACAGACGGCGACUCGGGACCCGAGGACCUGGUCUACACCAUUGAGCAGCCCAGCAACGGGCGUGUAGUGCUGCGCAUGGCGCCAGGCACCGAGGUCCACCACUUCACACAGGCCCAGCUGGACAGCGGGCUCGUACUGUUCUCGCAUAGAGGAGCCCUGGAUGGAGGCUUCCGCUUUGACCUCUCUGAUGGGGAGCACACUUCCUCCGGACACUUCUUCCGCGUGGCAGCCCAGAAGCAAGUGCUGCUGUCGCUGGAGGGCAGCCGGACACUGACUGUCUGCCCAGAGUCUGUCCAGCCUCUCAGCAGCCAGAGCCUGAGAGCCAGCUCCAGCGCAGGCACAGACCCCCACCACCUGUUCUACCGAGUGCUGCGGGGGCCCCAGCUUGGCCGGCUAUUCCACGUCCAGCAGGGCAGUGCUGGGGAGGCCCUGGUGAACUUCACUCAGGCUGAGGUAUAUGCUGGGAAUGUCCUAUAUGAGCACGAGAUGUCCCCUGAGCCCUUCUGGGAAGCCCAUGAUGCCAUAGAGCUCCUGCUGUCCUCGCCCCCUGCUCCUGACAUGGCUGCCACCCUCGCUGUGACUAUCUCUUUUGAGGCCACCUGUCCUCAGCGUCUCACCCGCCUCUGGAGAAACAAAGGUCUCUGGGUCUCUGAGGGCCAGCGGGCCAAGAUCACCGUCGCUGCUCUUGAUGCCUCCAACCUCCUGGCCAGUGUCCCAGCAUCCCAGCGCCCCGAGCAUGACGUGCUGUUCCAGGUCACCCAGUUCCCCACCCGGGGCCAGCUGUUGGUGUCUGAGGAGCCCCUCCACGCCGGGAGGCCCCACUUCCUGCAGUCCGAGGUGGCUGCGGGACAGCUGGUGUAUGCCCACGGUGGUGGGGGCACCCAGCAGGAUGGCUUCCGCUUCCGUGCUCAUCUCCAGGGGCCAGCUGGGGCCUCCGUAGUGGGACCUCAAACCUCAGAGGCCUUCAGCAUCACCGUGCGGGAUGUGAACGAGAGGCCUCCGCAGCCGCAGGCCUCCACGCCGCUGAGGCUCACGCGGGGCUCUCGCGCCCUGGUCUCCCAAGCCCAGCUGAGUGUGGUGGACCCAGACUCAGCUCCUGGGGAGAUCGAGUAUGAGGUGCAGAGGGCACCCCACAAUGGCUUCCUGAGUCUGCUGGGGGGCAGCCCGGGGCCCACGACCCGCUUCACACAGGCCGACGUGGAUGCGGGGCGACUGGCCUUUGUGGCCAAUGGGAGCAGCGUGGCGGGAGUCUUCCAGCUGAGCAUGUCUGAUGGGGCCAGCCCGCCUCUGCCCAUGACCCUGGCUGUGGACGUCUUGCCUUCUGCCAUCCAGGUGCAGCCGCGAGCCCCCCUGGAGGUGCCCCAAGCCCUGGGGCGCUCCCCCCUGAGCCGGCAGCAGCUCCAGGUGGUUUCGGAUCGGGAGGAGCCCGACGUGGCCUACCGCCUCACCCAGGGGCCGCAGUACGGGCACCUCCUGGUGGGCGGGCAGCCUGCCUCAGCCUUCAGCCAGCUCCAAGUGGACCAGGGCGAGGUGGUCUUUGCCUUCACCAACUUCUCCUCCUCUCACGACCACUUCAAGGUCCUGGCGCUGGCCAGGGGCGUCAAUGCAUCAGCCACAGUGAAUGUCACUGUGCGGGCUCUGCUGCACGUGUGGGCAGGUGGGCCGUGGCCCCAGGGUGCCACCCUACGCCUGGACUCCACCGUGCUGGAUGCCGGCGAGCUGGCCAAUCGCACGGGCAGCGUGCCCCGCUUCAGGCUUCUGGCGGGACCCCAGCAUGGCCGCGUGGUCCGUGUGCCGCGGGCCAGGACGGAGCCCAGGAGCCGGCCACUUGUGGAGCACUUCACUCAGCAGGACCUGGAGGAUGGCAGGCUGGGGCUCGAGGUGGGCAGGCCAGAGGGUAGGGUGCCUGGCCCAGCAGGGGACAGUCUCACUCUGGAACUAUGGGCACGGGGUGUCCCACCUGCUGUGGCCUCCCUGGACUUUACUACCGAGCCUUAUAAUGCAGCCCGGCCCUACAGCGUGGCCCUGCUCAGUGUCCCUGAGGCUACUCAGACUGACUCAGGGGAGCCAGAGAGCAUCUCUCCCACGGGUGAGCCAGGCCCGGCAGCAUCCAGCCCUGUGCCCACUGUGGCCAGGGGUGGCUUCCUGGGCUUCCUGGAGGCCAACAUGUUCAGCAUCAUCAUUCCUGUGUGCCUGGUCCUCCUGCUCCUGGCGCUCAUCUUGCCCCUGCUCUUCUACCUCCGCAAACGCAACAAGACAGGCAAGCAUGACGUCCAGAUUCUGACUGCCAAACCCCGCAAUGGCCUGGCCGGGGACACAGAGACUUUUCGCAAGGUAGAGCCAGGCCAGGCCAUACCCCUCACAGCUGUGCCUGGACAGGGGUCCCCGCCAGGAGGCCAGCCUGACCCGGAGCUGCUGCAGUUCUGCCGGACACCCAACCCUGCCCUCAGGAAUGGCCAAUACUGGGUAUGAGGCCUGGCCUGGGCCCAGAUGCUGUUCGGGCCAGGGCCAGGCUUGCCCACACCCCAGACUCCAUGGCUUCCAUGCCCUGGUGCUGUCUGAGAAUUCCCAGAGCAAGAGAGACCUGGAGGCGCCAGGGGUGGAGGGUGCUAGUGAACAGCCCCAAGGGUCCUGGACAGAGUGCAGUCAAGAGCUGGAACCUUCCUCAGCUACUCAGAAGCUAGAGAACUGCAGGGGCCCAGCAGGAGCAGGCAGGGAGUCAGCCCCCUGCCCUGGAGCUGCUUGGGGCUGUCAAAACCAGGGUGACCUCCUGGGUGGGUCAGGGCUCUGGGUCCUGGGUCUGUGACGUUGGGUAAGUCACACCUGCCCCAGCUGCUAAGAGAGCAAGGAGAAGGAAGUGCUCCAGGGAGAGAGAGGACACAGGGGUGAUUCCUGGCUUUUCUAGCCCAACCCAGGCCCCCUUUGUCUCUGCUCCAGGGUUAUGGGAAAAUUCUUCCCCUCUGGUGUGUUAAGGAGAUGGUUUUCCCUGGAGCUGAGAGUCCCUCCACAAUAGGAGACAGAAACUGAUAGAAUAAUAUAUUCCCGGUGCAGGGUGGGUGGGUUGCUCUGGGGAUGGCUGUUUUCAGGGGAUUGCAGGGAGUUAUUUAACAGGUGCUGGGCUGGCUGGGCCCCAUGGAGUCCCUGGGGGUGUGGGAUGGAGGAUCUGAAGCCAGUUCAUUCCCAGGGCCCCACUGUGGUGAGCAGUCCUAGAGCAGACAUGUUGGGAAGCAUGGAGGGUCUCGGGCUGAGGGCCACUGCGGUGCCUAUGUUCCCCUGAACACCAGGGGACACUUGGCUCCAUGGAGCCUGGAUAAAUGGUGCUUCCGAGGCUCUGGA